CAAAGCUCAUCGUCGGAGUAUAGAGCCUGCAUAGUUUGCGCGCGCUAUCGUACAUUAUUACACGUUAUAUGCGAUCAUACUCCUAUCUUCGCUUUGUUUACUCAUGGUGGCUUAUAUAUAUGGGGCAUAAAAACAAUAUCUUGACCCGACGGUGCGGGGAGAGUGCGGAGUUUUGGCCCAUAUAGAGGACAUACGAUGGUUUAAUUGGUGGUGGAACUCAGGGUCCGCAUUUACGUUGGCGUUCUCAUUGAGGGAGAAUUGUAUUGCGCUACCCUAUGCUACGAGUCUGUAACCUGCCAUACCACGUACGGAGCUGGCUGCUCAGGAAGAAUUUGUAUCAUCCAAAAGGUUUUCUUUCCAUCUCUCUUUCUUUCACCUAUUUCCUGUCAUUCCUCCCCGCAGCUGUGCUUGACAAUCGACGAGAUUCCCAGGCGUUGAGUAUCAAAAGUCUUAUCGCCCAGACUCGUCUUAUCCCACCCACAUAUCCAACGAACCCCUCUUUUGCCCUUUAGAGCAGUCAGAGCACCAAUUCUGUUGUCGAUAUGGCCGGCACAGUUCCAGUCGUUGCCUCUUUGGAUGGCAUUUAUACUCAAGAUGCAGUAUCUGCGCAAAUGAAGCGCUGGAGCCAGCUCCUCAGCACCUUCGAAUCCACAUACAAGCACCCCGCAUCCUUUGUAUCCCGGUCCCCCGGUCGUGUCAACAUAAUCGGGGAGCACAUCGACUACUCCCUCUAUCCAGUCCUGCCCAUGGCAAUUACAUCAGACGCCAUCUUCGCCGUCUCCUGUCCCGACGACUCUGCCUCGGCCUCCUCCAACACUUUCAAAAUCCGCAUAUCGAAUGUUGAGUCUGAGAAAUUUCCCGCACACGAAUUCGACAUCCCAUAUGAUAAUGUCGAUAUCGACUCGAAGGUCCACGAGUGGACAAAUUACUUCAAGUGCGGAUUGAAGGGCGCCUUACAAUUGCUUAAGAAAACACAUGGCGAGGGGUUCCGUCCUAAGAGCAUGAAUGUGCUGAUGGAUGGCUCGAUUCCAGCUGGUGGCGGACUUAGCAGCAGCGCUGCAUUCGUCAGCGGCAGCGCUUUGGCGGUCAUGGUCGCCAAUGGCGUCAAGGAUGUUAGCAAGAUGGAUUUGACUGAGAUUGCCAUCGUGGCCGAGCGAGAGGUGGGCGUCAACUCUGGUGGCAUGGACCAGUCUGCCUCUGUCCUCUCCCUCCGAGGCAGCGCGCUCUACGUCUCCUUUGUGCCAGAGCUCUCGGCUCGCCCGGUCAAGUUCCCAAGCACAAACCCUGAACUCGCUUUCCUGAUCGCACAAUCAUUCGUGCAAUCAGACAAGCAUGUCACUGGCCCCGUCUGCUACAACCUCCGUGUUGUCGAGUGCUCUCUGGCUGCUGCCUACCUUCACGCCCUCUUAAACGAGACAAAGGAGCCUCUUCCAGCUGACUCUGGGCCGCUGGGCAUCAGCUUGUACGGUUUCCAAAAGGCAUACUUCGCCAAGCGCAACUCCUCGGCAUCAAUCAACGAGCAGCUGCCCGAGCUGGUCGAGAAGGUGAAGUCCACAUUCACAAAGGAAGAGGGCUAUACUCGCGAAGAAAUCGCAAAGGUCAUCGGCAUGACCGUCCCAGAGCUUGAGCAGCGAUUCGAAUCUACCUUCCCUGUCCGCGCGGAGACAUUCAAGCUGCGCCAGCGCGCCCUCCACGUCUUCUCUGAGGCUUUACGUGUCUCUGAGUUUAUUAAGCUGCUCGAACAACCAGCCGAAGAGCUUGAGCGCGAUGCUUCUGGUUCUACGGAGAGCUAUAACCGCAAGCUAGGCGAUAUCAUGAAUGAGACGCAGGAUAGCUGCAGGGACCUGUAUGAAUGCAGUUGCCCUGAGCUCGACGAGCUGUGUGCUAUUGCAAGGAAGGCAGGGGGUUAUGGAAGCAGAUUGACUGGUGCAGGAUGGGGUGGAUGCAGUGUGCAUCUUGUCCCCGCUGACAAGGUAGAGGCGGUUAAGGAGGCUUGGGAGAAGGAGUAUUAUAGCAAGAAGCAGUUGACUGCGGAGCAGAAGGAGGGUGCUGUUGUUGUUAGCAGGCCGGGGAGCGGCAGUGCCGUGUUCCUGGUGAAGGAUGGGGGUUUGUAGAUAUU